UCAGGAUCGAAAGGAGAACGAUCGAGCCGCCACCACCAGAUCCAAGAUGGGCAAGUGUUGUAGCAAGCGGCAAGAGCCUCAACCCCUUGGUUACAAGAAAGCAGACACAGGGCUAAGCUCGAAACACAGUAAUGGAGGUUCCUUGGACCGGUACACUGCUGACCCGAAUCAGAGGGGUGUACAAGCGAGAGCGGACAUCAUUCGACCGAGGCCGACACCUUGUAAGCUACAGAUUCCGCAUCAACCCCGUAAAACAAGCUCGCCUGUUGUUAAGCCUGCAUCGCAUUCUCAGCGGUCGAACAAGAUCGUGGUCGCCCUGUACAAUUACACCGCGCGCGAGAGCACCGAUGUCAGUUUCGUAAAGGGCGACCGAAUGGAAGUAUUGGACGACUCCGAACCGGACUGGUGGAAGGUUUUACACUUGACAACUUUGCAAGAGGGCCUCAUUCCUUGGAACUUUGUGGCCGUCGAGCGUUCGGUCGAGAGCGAAGAUUGGUUUUUCGAAAAUGUCUCGCGCAAAGAGGCCGGCAAGCUUCUCCUGGUGGAUGAAAACCCCCGAGGUACGUUCCUGGUGAGACCUAGCGAGCACAAUCCCAGGGGAUACAGUUUAUCUGUGAAAGACUGGGAGGAGGGAAGGGGUCAUCAUGUAAAACACUAUAAAAUUAAACCUCUCGACAACGGAGGCUUCUUUAUCGCCACCAACCAGACAUUCCCCACGCUACCGGCUCUCGUUAUGGCGUACAGCAAGAACGCGUUAGGUCUCUGUCACGUGCUCUCGAAGCCGUGUCCGAAACCGCAACCGGACAUGUGGGAUCUUGGACCGGAGUUGCGAGACAAAUGGGAGAUCAAUCGGAACGAGAUACAGCUGAUACGUAAACUGGGCCAUGGUAAUUUCGGCGAGGUGUACUACGGUAAAUGGAGGAACAAAAUCGAAGUGGCUGUGAAGACGUUACGACCAGGGACCAUGUCGACGGAAGCAUUCCUACAGGAGGCAGCUAUCAUGAAACAGUUUCGGCACAGACAUUUGGUCGCGUUGUACGCGAUCUGCUCCAAGGAGGAGCCAAUUUACAUCGUACAGGAGUAUAUGUGCAACGGCAGUUUGCUGGACUUCCUGAGGACAGGGGACGGUAGAUACAUGCAGUUCGAGGAUCUGAUUUAUAUCGCGGCGCAGGUGGCCUCCGGUAUGGAACACCUGGAGAGUAAACAGUUGAUACACAGAGAUCUAGCGGCUAGGAACGUGUUAAUCGGGGAGAAGUAUAAAGCGAAGAUAUGCGACUUCGGUCUAGCCAGGGCGAUCGAAGACGACGAGUAUUGUCCUAAACAGGGAAGCAGAUUCCCUGUUAGAUGGACAGCACCGGAAGCCAGUGUCUAUGGCAGAUUCAGCAUCAAGAGCGACGUUUGGUCUUACGGUGUCUUGCUGAUGGAGCUAUUCACUUACGGCCAAGUUCCUUAUCCUGGUAUGCACGGUCGCGAGGUAAUCGAUCAAGUGAAAAAAGGCUAUCGAAUGCCUAAACCAGUAGACCAUCCGCUGCCGGACAGUAUUUAUCGAUUGAUGUUGCAAUGCUGGGAUGCUAGCCCUGAGAAGCGACCAACGUUCGAGUUCCUUAAUCACUAUUUCGAGUCAUUUAACGUCACUAGCGAAAUACCGUAUCUGGAACCGCCAACGGACUGAUACACAGCUCACAUGCCGAGUCACCUGGUGCCGCACGGUCAUUUUCACCCAGCGCACAUUAACUGUGCCAUGGAGUUUUAUGGUAUUUAUUGCUAGGGAUCUCCGGCGAUCAUCUGGAGACGCUGUUACCGUGUUGUUUUUUUAUAUCAUCCGCA